CCACCCUUCCCUCCACGCACCAACAACGUCCUACGCUCCGAUCCGAGACGCCGCCUCGCCAUUCCGCCCAACACUCCCUCGCCCCCCAUGGCCUCCUACCUCGCAGCGCGCCGCCUCCUCUCCCGGGCCACCGCCGCCCGCCGUGCGCUCCUCUUUGCCUCCCAGCCACCUCUCACCCCCGCGGUGGUUCGCCGUCGCUUCUCCACUGACGCCUCCCCGCCGCCUCCGCUCCCGCCUCCGGAGCUGGAGCCUGUCGCCGAGCCGCCCAGGUCGGAGGGCUCCUCCUCCUCCACCACCACCGGUGCGGGCGGGGCCCACCAGUAUUCUCCGGGAGCCGCGGCGGGGGCGCGCCGCCAGGCUGGCGCGUCGUACGAGGAGCAGGAGAAGGUCCUCCGCGCGUCGCUGCUCCACGUGCCGCGGAUGGGGUGGAGCGAGUCGGCCAUGGUCGCGGGGGCGAGGGACGUCGGCGUCUCUCCGACCAUCGUCGGCGCGUUCCCAAGGAAGGAGGCCGCGCUUGUUGAGUUUUUCAUGGAUGACUGCCUUCAACAACUGAUGGAUCGCAUUGAUGCUGGAGAAGGGGAGCAGUUGAAGAACUUGAUACUGAGUGAGAGACUCUUGAAACUUGUUCGCAUCAGGCUGGAAAUGCAGGUACCUUAUAUAUCAAAGUGGCCUCAAGCACUUAGUAUCCAGUCUCAACCAGCGAAUGUCUCAACAAGCUUGAAGCAGCGAGCUGUCCUGGUUGAUGAGAUUUGGCAUGCUGCUGGAGAUGCUGGAUCAGAUAUUGAUUGGUAUGUGAAACGUACUGUGCUUGGUGGUAUCUACUCGACCUCAGAGGUGUAUAUGUUAACGGACAAUUCUCCAGAGAUUCGUGAUACGUGGACAUUUGCGAGCCGCCGCAUCAAGGAUGCUCUUGAUCUUCAGAAAACUUUUCAGGAGGCCGCAUAUCUAGCUGAAGCCGUGGGAGCAGGAAUGGGUGGUACCGUACAGGGUGUCCUGAAUAGAGUCUUCCAGAAACCAAGAGCAUGAAUCAGUAUUUUGCAUGUCGCAUUGGUUACUUUCCAUUCUCGGUGUCUCCACUAGCAACUUUUUUUCUUUGUUUCCGAGUUGCCACGUUUCGAGGCAAAAAAAUAAAGCAAAUUGUGCUCCUGGUUGUAUGACGUUAGGAUUUGGUGACGAUGUAUAUGACAACUGGUUUUCAAAUUAAUGUUGUCCGAUUGCCAA